AUGCAUGAAAAACCCAAUAACAUUAUGAAGAAGGUCCCAUUUAGUGAUAACACAAUUUCUCGAAGCAUCGAUGAAAUGGCUAACGAUGUCAAACAUCAGCUCAUUAAUAUCCUCCAGUGCUCUGAAUUUUCUAUACAAGUGGCUGAAUCAACUGCUGUGGACAAUCAAUGUUUGAUGAUGGUAUAUGUCCGGUAUUUCAGUGAAGACCUUCAACUUUGUGAGGAAAUGCUGUUCACAGAGAAUUUGCCACUUGAUUCAAGAGGUGCAACUAUUUUUCACACUCUCAAGUCUUUCCUUUUUGAACAUAAUAUCCCACUCAGUAAUAUUCUUGCCUGUGCAUCUGAUGGAGCCCCUUCAACGAUAGGAAUAUACAGAAGUCUUUCAUCUCUCCUAAAGCAUGAAAUUUCACACCAGAUACUAACUGUUCAUUGCUUGGCACACCAGCAUCAUUUAGUAGCAAAGAUUAUGAAUGGUAGGUUGAAUGAUGCACUACAGUUAGUUAUCAAGACUGAACAAAUUGAAGUCGAGUCCCUUGUCUGA